AUGGUUGUUGUCUCGUUCUUACAGCUGAUAUUACCAUUACUACUACUGAUCUGUUGCAUAAUCGGACAAGGAAAAGGACAUGUUAAUCGUCAACGACGACAAGUAGUAGAUGGAAAUAAUCUUAAUACAGGUAUUUUAUCAAGAAACUCGGAUAGAUUAAUAUCUUCGAAUAAUGUUCAAUUUAUUCCAUCGAAUAAUCCAAAUAUGGCUCUAUCUAAUGAUCGACAAAAUCAACAACAAUCAAAUAAUAAUUUAUUACCAUCAUCUCAAGGACAAGCACCACCAGUUCGUAGUCGUGGUUUUUAUGAUAGUCCAGCAUUUAAACCACCAUCAUUUAAUGGUGAAAAACCAGUCGGUUGGUUUGAUACAAAAUAUCCAAAUUGGGUAUCGAAUCAAGAUGGACAAUUAAAUCAGAAUAAUAUGGUUAAUGGAAAAAAUGCACCAAGCAGUCUUCAAGGCAAAGCUUUUCAACCAAGCAGAGAAGAUGGUGGACCAGCACUUCUUCAAAAAAUAGCUAAACAUUAUGCCAGUAAAGGUGAAAAAACAUACAAUUUUGGUCAUCAUCCUAAUGAACCCGGUCGUGGCUCUAUUUGUAUUAAUCGUCAUAAUUAUAAUGGAUAUACAUUUGGUAAAUUUCAAUGUCCAUUACCACCCAAUAUUGGUAUGAAUCAACUUGAUCGAUAUUGUUGUGGACCUGAAAGUUAUCAAUAUUGUUGCAAUGAACAAGAAUAUAAUCAACAACAAAAUAACAGAUAUGAUAAUGAUCGUCAUUCGAGACAUUACCAUUAUUCACGAACAAUAAAUCGAACUCUUUUUAUUAUUUUACCUUUAAUUGGUAUUCUUGUUAUAGCAGGUGGUGGAUUUAUUAUCUUUUCAUAUUAUAAAAAAGUUCAAAAGGAAAAUAAUAAACAAAGUAAAUCAUCUGGAAUUACUCGACUGAAUGAUAAUUACUCAGCUGUUCCUCAAGAUGCAUCCGUUGAAAGAUCGAUAGUUAAUCAACAUGAACAGCAAAAUACAUCUGUUCAAGCUUAA